GCCAUAUCGUAGCGCACCAAACAAAACAGUCCGAUAGGCAACGAUGCCCACAUAAACACAGUUCCUACCUGUCGUCGACACCCAGAUAGUUACUGAUUGCUGUAGUUGGAUCUCCCUGGUGUCCUGUUAACAACACAUGAAGCUGAGUAUUAUCACUCCUGGUCUGUGUCCAUCCAAAAGAAAGAUGUUAUAAAGUGUACCAUGGAGACAGACAGGCUAUCAAAACCCCCUGAAGACAAAGUAACUUCAGUGAAAGGACUGACACAGACCUGGCAGAAAUGGUCUGAAGAUCACAAGGAUUAUCAGAAACACAAUCCAUUUACUAGUGAUGAGGUGAUGGCCUUUUGUCCCAUGUGGGGUCAGAAGGACUAUGGCAAACCUCCGGAGGGAUCUCACACUGAGCGCAGAGGGAUGGAGGCUCACUCCCACAUUGGCAGGGAGGUGACAGAGCUGUGCCAGAUUAUUAGAGAAAUUGGGCACAGGCGAGAAGACGGGAGACGGGAAAUUGAGUUUGGCACGCUGUUUGCACAUUAUGUCUCAAUUUCGAACAAGCUGGUGGGAGUGCUGCUCCGGGCACGGAAACAAGGGCUUGUGCAAUUUGAGGGAGAGAUGCUGUGGCAAGGGAAAGAUGAUCGAGUGCUUAUCUCACUGCUUCCAUAAGCAAUUAUUAAAAUACAAAUGAAUGAUAAAGAUUAAAUGCUUUUAAUUGUAUGGAGUGCAUUUGGAUCUGGCCAAUAUUCCUGGCCUUUCUCUUACUGAGUUCACAGUUGCAGCAAAACGUCAAUUCUGCCUUGAUUGAGUGGACUUGACUCAGUGACACAUGCAUUAAAGGAGCAGUGUGUAAUCUUUAGGGUCUUCUGCAGUCUGCUCAGGAACUUGCAACUGCAGUGAAAACAUUUACACGAUUUCCCAGCUACCUCUAACCCCUCUGCUGAAACUAUUUAUGCCUUGUCAUUUUCUGUUUAGGAUAAAAGGGGCAUUUUUUUUGCUGUCUUUACACCAGUUUUAAGGUAUCCAAG